CCAAUCAAAUUGGUAUAAGCUGGGCCUCAGAAUCGAGGCCCAUUUUGAAUCGUUCGGUUUCUUCCAGUAGCAGUAUAAAGGCAAGUCUGAACACUGAACUCAUCGAGACACGAGAGCCCUGGCAUAGAAUCUUUAUCACCGUUGGAUACCAAUGGAAGAUCACAGUGACGCCGUCGAAUCAAACAAUCCGGGAGGAGGAGGAGGAGAAGAAGAAGAGUUGCAGAGACUGCUGGUACCUGAUGUACACAGUCUUCCACUCUUUCCCCCUUCUGCUGUUCAAUCCAACUUCGUUUCCUAUUUCGCUCCAGAUUUUAUGAAGCCAGGACACGAUCAGUACGUUUAUCGCCAUGCCAAUGGAUUGUGCGUAAUCGGUUUGGCUCCUUCGCACGUCGCUCUUACGGAGAAAGGAGGAGUUACAGCCGUUGAUUUCAAUGUUGGGAAGACUGAUCGAAGUGGGAUUAAGGUUACCGGAAAGCGCAAGAAGAAUGCACAACACUUUGAAUCCAACUCAGCUUUGUGUAAAGUGUGCACCAAUGAUGCUUCUUAUAUAGUGAGAUGUUGUGUAAAAGGCAGUCUACUGGAAGUGAAUGAUAGAUUAAUCAAGCAGCCAGGAUUGCUUAAUUCAUCGUUGCAGGCUGACAGAGAAGGAUACAUUGCAAUUAUCAUGCCAAAACCAGCUGAUUGGCUCAAGGUCAAGGCUUCGCUGAUUGACAUUGAAGAAUACAAGAAACUGAAAGAAGUGUGUUGACCUGAUUGCUGGAUUUCUUUACCCCUUGAGGAAUUCGAGUAAAGGAGACAAUGCCAUGACUUUACUUAUCCUAGUAUUUGCUGUCAUUGCUACCUCCUUCGAUGCUCCCCUAGUAAGGUACACUCAUUACUGAAGAUUUAAUCAUGUCAGGUUCCAAAAUUUUGAAGUCUCAGUGGGUAAGAUGGCAUGCUUGGUGUGCUAGUUUUGCAUUAUUUUUGUAAUAAUGAAAUACCUCGUCCAAUUAAUGUUUUUUUUUUUUUUUACAUACAUUUUAGAAAUAUUUCUCAUGCAUAAAGUGUUCACGCUAUCAGCCUUUCUUUUGAUAUGCAAGCGUGACUGCUAGCAUGAUUAUCCCAUCGUCUUCCCUCCAAGGAAGAGUAUCAGCAUUGGGGUCUACCUGGGCUCAGCCCAGAGCAGCUAAGCCCUUCUACUGCUGCUGUGCUGUCUAAGCUCAGCCGACUGUGUGGAAUAAACCUUGGGCUGGGCUCAAACAACCGUCCCCACUAUUAGUUGUAUUGCCAAAUGGAAAAAUGUUCGUUGCAUCGCCAAUUUAACAACCUUUUUGUCACGUGAUUAUUGGGUGCCAAAAGAGUAAACCCGUUCUUGUAAUAAAUAUGGUGUAUGAUAAAAGCAAAAUGGCAGAAGUCAUGAUGUGUUUAGCCCCA